AUGGCAAGAACAACAACAACAACCACCUUCAAGUACCUCACUUUCAUCCUCUUCCUCACCCUUGUCAUCCAAGGUUCUUGUGACUGCUCCUUGAACAACAUCAACAUAGGCACCACAAGAAGUGGGAGAGAAGUACAGGGCCAACCAGAGUGGAACGUGACAGUGAUCAACAAUUGCUUUUGCCAACAGAGUCAGAUAAAGUUAUCAUGCAAAGGGUUUCAGAGCUCAGAAAGUAUUGACCCAGCAAUUCUUUCCAUGGAAGGUGAUGGCUGCCUCCUUAUCAGUGGAAAUCCCAUGAAGGGUUUCGACUCUGUUAACUUCUCCUAUGCCUGGGAUCCCCCCUUUCUCAUGUUCCCUUCAAGCUCUGUCAUAGGUCCUUGUUCAUAA